AUGGAGCUCACCGAGGUGGACCUGGGCGGCGAGGGCCCCGCGGCUGGCGGCAGCGGCCGCUCUGAGCCCGCGCCUGCCCGGGGCAGGGGGAGCAGCAGCGCCGACAGCCCGGCCGAGGAGGACGAGGCUGAUGCGGCGGCGAGCGGGCGGGCCAGCCGCGCUUCGUCCCUGGUGAGCGGCCUCCUGGUCGAGCUGUACAGAGCGGGGGGUCCCCGCCACCGCGACAGCGUGGACAGCUCGACCGAGGCGUCCGCCGGCUCCGACGCCUUCCCCGGGGGCAGAGGCAGCGCCGAGUCGCGCUUCCUGCAGGAGCUGCAGCGGAGGCCGAGCCAGCGGCACCAGAGGACUUACCUGGCCCAGAAAGAUACUAGUGAGCUGAUGACCAUAAUACGAGAGCUGAAUUACAGAAUAUGUGUUCAGUCAUCCAAACUGCUCCGUCUUCUGAAACAAAAGGACAGGCUUUUACAUAAAGUGCAGAAGAACUGUGAUGUUGUAACAGCCAGUUUGCAAGCAGUUUCCCAGAAACGACGUGUGGAUACAAAGCUGAAGUUUACUCUUGAGCCAUCUUUAGGCCAGAAUGGUUUUCAGCAGUGGCAUGAUGCUCUCAAAGCAGUGGCUAGGCUGCCAACAGGGAUACCAAAGGAGUGGAGGAGAAAGGUUUGGCUCACCUUGGCAGAUCACUACUUAAGGAGCAUAGCGAUUGACUGGGAUAAAACAAUGCGCUUCACUUUCAAUGACAGAAGCAAUCCUGAUGAUGACUCCAUGGGUGUUCAGAUUGUAAAGGAUCUCCAUCGAACUGGCUGCAGUUCUUACUGUGGUCAAGAAGCAGAGCAAGACAGAGUAGUAUUAAAGCGAGUUUUACUGGCAUAUGCAAGGUGGAACAAAUCAGUAGGAUAUUGCCAAGGUUUUAACAUCCUAGCAGCCCUCAUCUUGGAAGUAAUGGAAGGCAAUGAGGGAGAUGCUUUAAAAAUAAUGAUUUACUUAAUUGAUAAAGUGCUGCCUGACAGCUAUUUUGUCAAUAACCUCCGAGCGUUGUCUGUUGACAUGGCUGUAUUCCGAGACUUAUUAAGAAUGAAACUACCUGAGCUUUCCCAGCAUUUGGAUACUCUUCAAAGAGCUGCCAACAGGGAGAGUGGAGGUGGUUAUGAACCUCCACUUACCAAUGUCUUCACAAUGCAGUGGUUCCUGACUCUGUUUGCUACGUGUCUUCCUAACCAUACAGUUCUAAAAAUUUGGGAUUCUAUAUUCUUUGAAGGUUCAGAGAUUAUAUUGAGAGUAUCUCUGGCUAUUUGGGCAAAACUAGGAGAGCAGAUAGAUUGUUGUGAAACUGCAGAUGAAUUCUAUAGCACCAUGGGAAGGUUAACCCAGGAGAUGCUGGAAGACAACCUCAUUGACAGCAACGAACUCAUGCAGAUUGUUUAUUCUAUGGCCCAGUUUCCUUUCCCACAACUAGCAGAAUUAAGGGAGAAAUAUACCUACAACAUCACUCCUUUCCCAGCUUCAGUUAAAUCAACUGCAGGUCGUCUGGGCAAAACUAGAGACAGUGAUGAGGAGAAUGACCUUGAUGAUGAAGAUUCUAUUGCCAAUGCCAUUGGUUGCCUUGGACCAUUCAGUGGCUUUCUGAGUCCAGAACUACAGAAGUAUCAAAAGCAGUUCAAAGAACAAAGUCUGGGCUCUAGUAACAUUGCAGAGUUAAGCCCUGGAGCGAUAGAUUCUUGUCGAAGCGAGUACCAUGCUGCUUUUAACAGCAUGAUGAUGGAACGAAUGACCACAGACAUUAAUGCAUUGAAGAAACAAUACUCCCGGAUAAAGAAGAAGCAGCAGCAACAGGUUCAUCAGGUUUACAUCAGAGCAGGGUCUGAAGAUGACGACCCUGGGCUCAUGUUAGAUCCCAGGGACCAGCUGAAUAAUGAUAAGGGUCCAAUUACCAGUCUUCUGCCCUCUCAGGUAAACCAUUCUCCAGUGAUCAAUCAUCUUCUGCUGGGUAAGAAGAUGAAGCCAACUAACCUGUCUGCCAAGAAUGCUAUUAUUCACAUCCCAAAUCAUGCAGGAGGCAAGAUUUUGCCUGGAUCUCACGAAGAUAUUAAAGCAAAGCUUAACUCCCCAUGGCGCACUCACAUGAGGGUACACCGAAAGAACAUAGCCAGAGCCAAAGGCCAGCUGGGUUAUGGGGAUACUAUUGGGCUAAUAGAGGAACAGAGUGAUGGUGGCAAAACCAUUAGUCCCAAUGCAAAUGAAGAAACUCCAAGCACACCUGACUCUAUGGCAAGGGAUAAGAGCAACUUAGACGCUAGGGCAACCAGAAAAGCUGAUGGACAGUCUCCUGAACCAAGUUACAGAGAUGCUAAUGGCAACAUCUCAGCGGUUCAGCUGAAGCUGGAAGCACUGGAACUUACCCAAAGUAAUAAUGAUGACACCGAAUCUGUAUUGAGUCUAUCAUGUCCAACACAAAUAUCCGAGUUUCUGCAUUUGCCUACUGAGAAUGGAACACCGGCAAACUCUCCCCAAGCUAGCAAUUCUAAGCCGCAAGUCUUUAGCCCUUUCCCUAGCGUCAAGCCUCUCAGAAAAUCAGCUGCAGCCAGAAAUCUAGGACUCUAUGGUCCAACUGAACGAACCCCAACUGUACAUUUCCCACAGAUGAGUCGAAGCUUUAACAAGCCCACAAGUGGUAACAGUGGGUCCAAGAAUCGAUGAUGUAUUUACUGUUGAUGUUUGAUUAUUGCUGUUAUUAUAGGUUGUAUUAUGUAUGCAUAUGGAUACAAAGCAAUUUCUGAGUUAGUUUAAUUCUUCACCUGAAGUUGAAUUGU